AUGAGAAUUGAAAUACUAAUCGUUUAUAUUAAAAAAGAAUUGAUAUACCAAACUUUAAAAAUGCAACCAUGCAAGAAACAUAAAAAGCCACUUGUCAGAUUCACAAGCCAACAAAAAAUGAGGAUUCUAAAAGAAUUAAAACAUAAAACCCUUGAGAAAUCACUCAAAAUAUCAAAUACUGAGACUACCAUGAAUAUUGCAAAAGCACCUUUGAAACGACUUAUAAUGAGUGGGAAAUCUUUACUUCCAAACCUUGAUAAGCAGAGGUUGGAUUUAUCGAGCCAGUCAAAAAUCUUAACAUCUCCACUUUCAACAUCUCAUUCCUCAAAACUAUUGAUGUCGCCAAAAGAAUUCUCUUUCUGCUUCACUUCCAAAAGCUACGUUAAAUCUCAUAACGACCACCAAAAUAUUGAUAAUAUUUUGGAGUAUAGAAACUUGAGUUCAAGAAAGCUCACAAAUAUAAAAAAUAUUUCGUGCACUGCUGUAGAAAACAUUAGAGAAAAGUACAAAAAAGAAAUCAAGGAACGAAUAAAAUUACAAAAUUAUCAGAAUUCUUCGCUGAAUUCUUCAUUUAAAAACUUACAAAAAGACGAGUCAUCUAUUUCUACGAAUCGAGCUAAUAUAAAAAAACUUGACUCGUCACUUAAUUUAUUUUGCAAGAUACCUCCCAAAGAUGAAUCAAUAUUGUCGGGGACGACUACUAGAGAGUUAUCUUCCAAAAGGAUUGCUAUUGAAGAAUCACCUAUAAGCAAGUCUGAUGAAAAAAGAAUGAAAUUUCUGCUUCCUUCAAAGUCAAUUUCUUCUAAUAUCCCUACAGAAAUUCAGAAUAAAUUCCAACAAUUAAAUCCACUAUUUGAGAAACCUAAUACAGAAACUGUAAGUGAUAUUGAGAAAAUUUUAAAUGAAAAAAAAUGAAUAAGAAAUGAAUCAAAUAAAAUUGAUGAAGCUAUGGAAAGUGCCUCUGUUGAAGAAGCAAAAAUUAAUUAAAAUUACUUUUCAUCUGAUUGAGCACCCAAUACCACAUCAUCUGCAAGGGCUUCCGCUCCUGUUUCUGGGUUUCUCCGGUCCACUUCACUUCAGGCACCGCUGGCUUCGCUCCUGAAUGAUCCAUAGGCUUCGGGCAUUGGAUUUUGACGGCCUUGCUUAAGGCUCGAUCAAGAAUCAGUUUGGGUCUAUCAGACACCCUAAAGGUCCCAGUCUCUACAGCUGGCUUGGUGGGAUCCUUACAGAAGAUUCGAUUUCCCUAAGGGCAGGAGUCCUUCACUACAAAUCGCAGGCUCUUAUGCGCUAUCACAGCCGGGAUAAAUUUGCUGGGGAAAGUUGAAGCUCAUAAUCAUAAAACACAAAAAGAGAAUUUUCGGUCAGGAUACCAGAAAAUUUGAGUGGCACCCAUUUUAUUAUGCUGUUGAAGAAGCAAACAAAAGCAUUCAUAAAGAUAUAGAAAGGAUAUUUUACCCAGAAGUGACGAAAUUUCCUCAAAAGACAGAGAUGCCCAAAGUGAGAUCACCUGAUUUUAAAAAACGGCCAUUUGGAUUACAUGAAAGCUAUAAUCAUGAUGAGUCUUUGAAGCACUCUUUCAUCAUACUCGGAACCAGAAAUAUGGGAAAAAAUUCAAAUUGUAAGACUAAAAAAUAUCCUGAAAAAGACAAGCAAAAAUCAUAUGAUCUGGAUGAUUAUAAAAUGCUUUCAUUUUAUUUAGAAAUUUGUGAUAAAAAUAUUAGCUAA